GAAAUUACGUCAUGACUGUUAUAGCUACAAUAAUUAAUAAAACACACUCCCAAUUUAUGACCAUCCUCUCACGCGCGCACACACGCACUGGUUACGUCAAUCUCCCCAUUUUCGAGCUUAUCGAUUUCUCUGUUUCCUUGCUUUUUCAGAGCGCCAACGGAUGGAUUUCGACGAUGUGAAAAAGGCGGCCAAGGAUGUUGAAGCCAAAGGACUAAACCCAGGAUUGAUUGUCUUGCUUGUGAUUGGUGGGCUGGUCGUGUCGUUCCUUGUUGGAAAUUACGCGCUGUACGUUUACGCGCAGAAAAACCUUCCCCCGAAGAAAAAGAAGCCCAUUUCAAAGAAGAAGAUGAAGAAGGAAAGACUGAAGCAAGGCGUUGCUGCACCGGGAGAAUAGAUCAAUAACUAUAAAUGCGUUCCCCCGUUUACAGAUUGAGCUGCUGUUUGUUUUUUUGUUCUCUCGUAUAUCUCGUGUUCAGAACUUUGUCUAGAGAAGCAUAGCAGCGUUUUGUCUGAUAGAACUUUUGAGCUUUUAUAUUUAGAACCUACAACGUUGUUUUGCUAGCUGACUGAGAACUUAUUGCAGUUUUUUUGUAGUUCUUGUGUCUGAAAGUUAUGGAUUUUUAUUUUUAUUUUUUUUAA